AGCCGUACCAGAUAUCAUUUGCAUCGUGUCUGACUGGCUGUAACUCUCCAGUGCGCGCGCCAGUCCUACGAAAGCAGACCGUACCAGCUGAACAAACUCAUUGCAGCCAGCAAUUCACACAGCAAACGGUCACUCCUGUCUAUCUUAUUAUACCAACAUGGCCGAAUCGGACACCGGUAGAGUGGUAGCAAUCGGUAUCGAUGGAAGUGCAUACGCCGAACAGGCAUUUGACUGGUACAUGGACAAUAUUCGGAGGGAGAACGACCGGCUUGUGUUGAUACAUGUUCCCGAGACCUACGACCUUCACCUUGCAAGUCCGGGAGUAGUACAACAGCUACUAAACGAACUCGAAUGUAAGGUCAAGGCCAUCGAGGACAAGUACAAGGGAAAGGUUGAUGGCAAGAUCCAGGGAAAGUUCCGGACGGGGUCGGGAAAACCAGGGGAGGUAAUCGUCAAGAUACGUCAGGAGGAGAAAGCUGGCAUGAUUGUAACGGGGACCCGAGGACAAGGCAAAUUCCGGAGGACGGUCAUGGGAAGCGUUAGCGAUUACAUCGUGCAUCACGCGCAUGUGCCCGUGCUCGUGUGCAGGCAAGAAAAGGACUUGAAGGCAUAG